AUGGUGCGAGGCACCUACUGUUUCGAUGAAAAGGCCUUUUCGGUGGACGUCUUUGACGUAACCAAGUUUCUAGAGGACUGCAGAACACGCAGUCCUCUAGAGACAAUCUACCAGGAUUUAAAGCAGUUCCAGACAGCACUGGAGAAUCAGCUUGUGGCAAUUAUUAAUGAGGAUUAUGCCGAAUUCCUACAACUUUCGUCCAAACUAAAGGGUGUAGAUGAGGCUGUUUCUAGCGUGCGUGCACCUAUUCUAGCGGUCCUCAAGCGCGUAGAUGAAGUGCAAGAUGCCAUGAGCGCAUUGCAGAACAAGAUCCAGACGCAAUUGCAAAAUGCAAAGACGUUACAUCAAGAGGAAACAGAUUUGCAAUUGAGCAUUAAUAUCUUGGAGAAAUUGCUACUGGUGGAAGAUCUCCUCGAGAUUGCAUCACCAUUUGAGAAUAACGGCAAGGAGGAAGUGAGCAUGAGCAAGAAUGAACCCAUUCUAUCAGAUGAAAACAGUGACGACGAUGAAUUUGAAAACUUUGAACAAGUGAAAAAACGGCUAUAUGCAAUGAAUGCUGCUGAAGACUGCGCGAAAUUGGAACGCGCAGCGCAGCUUUUUGUACAGCUAGACCUGGAAUUUAUGAACGGUAUGCAUCUCGCCGCGAUUCAGAAACAGGAAAAGCGUCUUGCAGUAGUUGAAGAAACACUACUUCGUCGGCUGGAAACAGAGCUUGCGACCGAAAUAUUUCCUGAUACUUAUUACAACCGUGACCAUGCCAUUAGCGAGCUUAAUUUAAGCUAUUUGCUGAGAGCAUAUGUGCUACUUGACAAAAGCAACAUUCCAGAAGACAUGAUUGGUCGUCUGCUUGUUCAGCCAUUUGCAGAGGAAAAUCUUACGCGGGGAAAACUAGAUGGUCGAGUGCGUGGCUCCUGCGAGGGUCUGCCACAGAUUUAUGAGUCUAUUUUAGACUUCAUUUCCAGCAAGUUUGCGGGUAUACUGGCACUGUCCGUUUGCCAGAGCGAGAGUAAAUGCUCGGCGGAUAUUCUUGGAAACGCAAUAUGGAAGCCUUUGCAGAAGUUUUUGGCAACAAAACACGGUGUUAUUUUUCAGGCAGCUGACGCUGAACGCUUCCACCAAAACUACACCGUAAGCAUGCGUUUUCUAGCUGAUCUCGAGGAGCAAUUCUGCAAAAACAAGGUUACGAAAAGCCGUUUCCGGUCCCAUGAGAGUGUGUUGGAAUUUAAGGAGAAGUGGAAUAUUGACGUGUACUUUGAGCUUCGAGCAUCGCAACUCGCUUCAAGCCUCGAGCAGUCUGUAGGGGUGAAACGUGAAGAUUCAACCUCGUCGGAUUCACGAAACGGCACCAUGUCCAUUGUUAUUGACAAAUCGGCACUAGUGUUUGAGGAUUCAAAGUGUUUGUGGAAAGCACUCCAAGAUUGCUGGAGUGACCGUAUAUUCUUGGCACCACUGCUUUCCAGCUUCUGCAAGCUUAGUUUGCAGCUUUUUGCGUAUUAUAUUGGCAUCUGGAAGGAGCCGUUGUUAAGUACCGUGAAGUUGCUCAACAGCGAAACCAAGGUGGAUUUUAGCGCUGUGCCGCUUCAUAAUCUGAAUACGGAAGAAGAUUUAUUCUUUGCUGGAAACGACUUUCACGUGCUUUACAAUAAGAUUUCUCAGGAGCUUCUUGCAAUUGUAAGAGAUCAUGUUGACGCCUUCACCGAAGAUAGCCAAGCCUUCGUGACUGAAUUCUUCCACGAGCCACUUGCAUCAUUAGUCGAGCUUGAGACAAGCUGUUGGUCCGUUGCUGUAACAACGGUAGCCGCAGAUUGCAAGAAGGUUCUUCCAGCAAUCCGCACGGUGAAAGGCCAGUACCAGAUUACGAACAAACCCUUACCAACAACCCCGUCAACUUACGUGCCUAAUAUCAUUCGACCGAUGAAGAAUUUUUUGGAAAAAUGGGGUGCUCACUUCGAUGCAGCCAAACGACAGACGCUGUUACAAGCUAUUGUGGAAGAAGUUUGUAGUGUAUACUCGACGCUGUCAUUAGAGCUACUGCGAUCAGCAUUAGAGCUAGAAGAAUCACUCAAAAUCCGAAAGCUGCAGCGAUAUUCUGGAUCCAGCUCUGUGCCCACCAAUAACAUCGUCACAGACACGGAAAAGAUGCGCAUGCAGUUGCUGCUCGAUCUUGAAGAGAUUCAGCGAGAGCUAAUAGUGCUUGGGCUGGAUGUUGACUGUUGCAGAAGUCUACAGGGAGCUAUCGCCAAGCUAAGCGAACGAGAUGGAGACCGGUGGACAUUGGAGCGCGUCGCUCUGGCCUGUGUAUUACUACGUCAUUAUCUGUGUAGAGCUGUGGAGCUGGUAAGGAGUAGUGAAGCGUAUUGGGACCCAAUCUUUUUGCACAAAAUCCAAGAAAGGCAAGUACUUGGCUGGCUUCGGUCACGUCGACAAUACGCACGCAUAGAGCUUAAAAAUUGUCCGAGGAUACGAGCUGACCAUUUUUGCUUAAUGCCACAAGGCAAAGGCAUAAUUUUUGAUGUGCUAUUGUUAAAGGAACUUCUGGUCAUCAGUUUGUCGCUAACGGCACGGGAUUGGCUAUAUACGCAGAAUGCCUGGCCAGCGAAGGCGACGCUGAGAUUGCGAACAGAGCAUCCUCUACAUUGA